AAGAUACGUGCUAAAGAGGUUAGUAAGGUUAAGAAUUCACAUGGUUAAAUUUAGUAAAACUUAAAGAGUAAUUUAUUUCAUCAUUAAAGUUUGAUCAAAUAUAUUAUUAUUUUUAUUAAGAAAUAAGUAUAUUAGUUAACGUGAUGUCACUCCUUAAAAAUAAAACAUUACGUUAUGGUGUUCCAUUUGUAAUUUUAGUCGUUGGUGCAUCAUUUGGGCUCAGAGAAUUUACACAGUUGAGAUACACGUAUAGACAACAAACAGCGUAUUAUACAGAAGCAAAGAAAUUAGGUAUAGAAGUUAAAAAACCAGGUGAAGUUACUUUAGAAAGCGAAUAUGAAAAAGUGAAACAAAUGAAUAUUGAUAAUUGGAAAAAUGUAAGAAUACCAAGGCCCUGGGAAGAAUAAA